AUGGCAACAUCAGCUUCAGCUUCAACAACAAUUGCUCCCAGUACUGUUGCCACCAUCGCUACGGCUACCGCAUCUAAGAAUAUCUCGGAAGCUAGCAAUGAAAAAUCCUCCGGUGCCAUCUUAUUUAAAGAGCCACAUAAAGAUCAACAAACACCAUCUCUCCCAACAACCACUUCCGACGCAAAGAUGUCGAAGAAAUCUGGUACUCGAGCUAGAAAGCACGAGGUCAAAUCGGCUCAGAAACUAUCAAAAAUCUCUGUUCAUAUCACAGAGGACCGAGAAGCUCACCAAAGCUACUCCAUGGAGAGAGAUCCAUGGACUGAUCAGCGAGAUAAAGAACACAACGCCGCCUACUUUGACGAUGCCAGUCUUGCUAAGCAAGCCGUGACUCUCUACCUUCGACGAGUCUGA